AUGGCGCCUUGGCAUCAGAAUCUGGACCCUGGGCUCUGGACGUCUGCGCUCACUGUGCAGGAGAACCGACGCCGUCUGCCUGCUCGUCUUCUGUGCGCCUUCCCUGAGCACGCGUGGCCCGACGCGGCAUCCUUGUGCUGCUCACCCCUGUUCUGCACUGCAUACAGCAGGCGCCUUUCUAUUGCUCCCUUCCGGAGAUCCUGGAUCCAGCCAACCCUUAGCUUUCAGGGAAAAGGCAGGCGUUCGUGCUCCACGCCGGGGACCGUGGGACCCCCUACAGCCUCCGGAGCGGAGGAGGACGAACCCACUAGGGAUCGCCUUGGCCCGGCUUCCCGGCUGCUCCCCCACCGACUUCCCCAAGCCCCACGCGAGGAGUCUCCGGGCCCCGCCCAUGGGCAGGGGCAUCCAGGGAAGGGGAGCGAAAGGGGCAGCUUGCCCUCCCCACGCCCUCGCUCUGGCUCCCGCUCCUGCCGUCCCUCCUCCCCUCCCCGACCCCCGUUGUCGCGAGAUCCCGGCCCCGGCCCCCUGUCAGUUACUGCUGCCGCGGUAACAGCGGCGCUGCUGGGCCGGACGAUGGCUGCCCUUCGGCGGCUGCUCUGGACGGCUCCGCGGCGCCUGGGCCCCCCCCUUCCCGGGCCCGGGCCGGGGCUGGGGCGGUCGCUGUGGGGGCGGCCGGGCGCUGAGGCCGAGGCGGCGGCGGAGCCGGAGGAGCGGGAGGAGGACGAGGAGGCCUGGCAGCGGCGGCGGAGGCGGCGGCGCUGGGGGGAGCUGGGCGCGGCGGCUGCGGCCGGGGGUGGCCUGGUGGGCGCCGUGUGCCACGGCUUGUAUGGGCCGCAGCCGCAGCCCCAGCCCGACGAGCCGGGCCCCGAGCCCGCCCUUGGGCCGCCACCCGCGCGCCUGCCCCUCGCCGUGGCCGCCGCCGCCAGGGACAGCACGGUAGCUGCCGGUAAAGCAGAUUUGGAAGAUUUGGACCUCUUUGCCACGUCUCGGGAGAGACGGUUUCGUUUAUUUGCUUCUUUAGAAUGUGAAGGACAAUUAUUCAUGACUCCACAUGAUUUCAUUCUGGCUGUUACAAGUGAUGAGCCCAAACGUGUUAAACAGUGGAGAUCACUUUCCAAACAGGAAUUAAAUGAAAUGCUUAAAGAAACACCACCAGCUUGGAAGGGAUCAUCAAAACUUUUUCGAAAUCUUAAGGAAAAAGGUGUGAUUUCUUACACAGAGUACCUGUUUCUUUUAUGUAUUUUAACAAAGCCUCAUGCAGGUUUUAAAAUAGCUUUCAAUAUGUUUGAUACUGAUGGCAAUGAGAUGGUGGAUAAAAAGGAGUUUUUGGUGCUUCAAGAAAUAUUCAGGAAAAAAAAUGAAAGGAGAGAAGCAAAAGGAGACGAGGAAAAGCGGGCACUGUUGCGUGUGCAACUUUAUGGACUCCAUGCCUCUCCUAAUAAUGUACUUAAAACAGGAGAACUCAUCUCCAGAAGCUACUGGGACACGCUGAGACGGAACACGAGCCAGGCCCUCUUUUCAGACCUUGCCGAGCGAGCCGAUGACAUCACAAAUUUAGUGUCAGAUACAACACUGCUUGUACACUUUUUUGGAAAGAAAGGCAAAGCGGAGCUCAACUUUGAAGACUUUUACAGGUUUAUGGACAACCUGCAAACAGAGGUUCUGGAAAUAGAGUUUCUUUCCUACUCCAACGGCAUGAACACUAUAAGUGAAGAAGACUUCGCCCGCAUUCUCUUGCGGUAUACAAAUGUGGAAAACACAACUGUGUUUUUGGAUAAUGUGCGCUACAACAUGAUAGAAGAAAAGGGCAUCACAUUCGACGAAUUCCGGUCCUUCUUCCAGUUUCUGAACAACUUGGAGGAUUUCGCCAUCGCACUGAACAUGUACAACUUUGCCAGUCGCUCCAUAGGCCAAGACGAAUUCAAGCGUGCCGUCUAUGUGGCCACAGGCCUGAAGCUCUCACCCCAUCUGGUGAACACCAUCUUCAAGAUUUUUGACGUGGACAAAGAUGAUCAACUGAGUUACAAAGAAUUUAUCGGCAUCAUGAAAGACCGGCUGCAAAGAGGAUUCCGGGGCUACAAAACGCUUCAGAGGUACCCCACCUUCAAAUCCUGCCUGAAGAGGGAACUCCACAGCAGAUAGGUGCUCCCCGGGCGGCCUAAAGGAUGAUUGUCCUGCCUGAGUGACCUGGACAGUCCUUCAGAGCCUGUGGAAACCAUUUCACGGUCAGAAGAUGCCGAGACAGGUAGAGGAGAGAUAAAAAGCUGCGGAAACAACAUAUUCUGUUUGUCCUCAAUCCAUGGGAACCGAGUGCGGGACAUCCCUGGCUUGCCAGCCUCUCUCACUCACUCUCUGUGCCCUUCCUCCCGCACUCUUCUCAAGGCACAUAAAGUCUAAGGGAUGGGCUGAGGAGUGUGUGGAAGGUGCGCAUCCUUUGUGUUCAUCUAUUUAUUUUUUUACUGUCAGGGAAAGCAGCAGGUGCCUUGUGGACUAGGGGGCACUGAAGGAAGACACAUCUCAUGGGUCUCAGGGAUGGGCACUGACCUUUUGGGUGGCCAGCGCUCGUCCCCAGGGCCCAGCUCUCCUCACACAGGAGUCGAGGUCUAGGCUGGUCAAGCUUUGUUCUAUCCGGAUACAACUUCGACCUGAGCUGUGAUGCGCUUUGAACUUUCAGAGAGCUGCAUGAAGGGGUAUCAUUGUGGGAAUCACAGAAACCCCUGUGCUACCCCCCAGGAGAGGCAGCCCCCCUCCCCACACCCACGCCUGUCUGUCAGAUAUCCUAGCUUGCCAGAGAUGAGGCCCUUGUAAUUGUCAGGGCCUCUGCAGCAUGCUCCUGGCCCCAGAGCAGGCUGUCCUUCUGGCCUGGAUUGCAUGAGAGGACACAGGUCAGCUGCUCUGUGGACCUGAGGUGCAUGGGCAUGUUUCCGUUCAGGUGAGAGUUAGCCUAGAAUGAAUACAAUUUGGUUGGAAAGAAUGUUUGUAUCAUACUAUUUAUUGGUAAUAAUUUAUUCUUUCUUGAAAAAGGACCACAUGUAACUGCAGGGCCCGAAGCAAGGUUGUUUUUAGGUAACCACUAAAAAUCUACAUUUAGAAUCGAUUAUUCUUAAAACAAUCUGUCUUUGAAGGACGGAAGAGUAAAUCCCUCUCUUAAAAACAAUGGAAACUAGCUUUGGAAGCAGAGAAAAGAAUUUGAUGUCUCUUGGUUGAGUAUUGCGAGUCUGUUCGUUAAUGAAAUGCUGAACUUGAUUCACCAUAGAAAAAUCGCCACUAAAAGCUUUGCAUGCUGUGGAUGAAGUUCCUGUGAGAUAUCGUCUUAGCUCUGGGGUGAUCGGAGCUUCCUAUUUUGUGUUGUUUUCAUAAAUGAAACUCUGUAAUGCCAGUUUUACUUUUUAGCCAUGUGUUUCACUUUAACUGUAAGGGUUUCAUCAGGGUGGUCCCUUCUUCCACCAGUCCGGAUGACAGUGACCUCCAUGAGCUGUCCAAAAGACAAAAUUAUCACCUAGUGGCCAGUCCUCUGGGGCUAAACACCUUCAGAUAGGUCAGGCCUUGAAUGCCAGGCCUAAUCGGCCCUGAGGCUUGUCCCGGCCACCUCUCCAGCAAUGUUAGAAAGGAUGGAAUAUGAGAGAUGCCAGGCCACCCUCCCUGCUAUGAGGCAGCUGUGGAGCAGAGAUGAUCAAAGAGAUGAUCAAACUGUCAUGGAAUUUUCAAGAUGGCAGCACCAGUGGCUGGUGCUCUGACUCUGGCUGGCUCCCUGCACUGGUGUAGGGAGGGGCAAGUCUGAAAUUUAAGUAUCACCUCGUAAAAUACAAUUUGGGGAUUAGGUUCAAGGCUAAGGGAGUGAAUGAAAACCUCCUGCUACACCACAUGAAGUUAGCACCUCAAGGUCCAGCUUAACCUAGACUAAAUUGUCCCAUGUUAGCUCUUGGUGGGGAAUGACACUGUGUAAGUAAGAGCUGGGCUGCUCAGCCCAAGGUCUGAAAGAAAGCCUGGUCUUUGGGCAGUGUGGCCCACACAGCAGCGCCUGAGCCAGCCUAGAAGGCCUAGCAGGCACUAGCGAGUGUCUGUCUAUGUGUAAGACCGCCGUAUAACAUUACUAUGUGAAUUAGCAAAAUCUGGCCAGAAACUUUGGAAAAAAUUAGUCUUCUACUCAUUACAAUGCAUCUCUAUGUGCUAGCAAUAUUUGCCUCUACAAAAUGCUUUAUGGAAAGAUUGAUAUUAGAUCCCUGUGUCAAACCCUAGCAUCGUGGUGUUGGACAGAAUUCCUGCAUCUAAAUGUGGCGUCAUGAAAUAAAAGUUUGAAGUGACAUCUCCA